AGCAAGAUUAUGGCAGACUAUAGCCACUCACAGAACCAGAUGGAAUUACAAAAUGCUAGUUUGGGAAAGGGUUCUGUGGCAAAUUCCCUUGAAAAUAGUCUCCAAGAUAUUAUGGAAAACCUCAACACAAAGAAAUAUUCAUCAACUCUUAAAUUUAAAACAAAUGGGGACUAUGCUGGCUCUUAUUUAACCCUUUCACAACCUAUGCCAAUUAAACCUAAUCCUUCCACCAGUGUUAAAAAUAUGCACUCUAUUAACAAAAUUCAAGGAGGCAAGCAGUUCCCCUGUGAAAGCCCAUAUCUUCCAGAUAAAAGCAUCUCUGCAAAGCAUUUGAGUUCCAUAUCAGGCAUGUCUCCGUCCCUCAGCGGGUAUAGUUCUGGAAGGACAGAUUUUGACAUUUAUGCCAGCAGAGAAAAUGAAAAAUCCCUUGGACACAUGGAAAAGUUUCACUACUCAAAGUACAGUCAGAGAAAUAAAUCUUAUGACAACAUCUACUUCCCAGGAAUGCUGGAAUCCAAGAAGAUCUCAGGCUCUCUUCUGACUAUGUGGAAUGGAAGCUCGGGAAACGAGCUGACGCUUUCACCUUGUAGCAAUUCUGGGGCAGCCAGCAUGCCUUCCAGCCCAAAGCAAGGCAGGAGGAUGAAUGCUGAAAACAGUCUGGCCCUUCACAUAAAACCAGUGAAGUACAAGGAUGAGCUGAUGGAAACUCUGGGUUCACGGCCAAGGAAAUACUCUGGUGGAUCUCUAAGUCAUAUGGGAAUGUACAGUCGUUCCCUUCCCAGACUUUAUAAAUCAACAGAAAUCCAGCUGGUGCCAUUAAGUUUGCCCCCCAGAAGCUCUCUGGGUAAUAGUAAAAGGAAAAAACUUGGAGAAAAAGAUCUACCUCAGAAUGCUUUCGAUGCUGAUAAUUACCUGAAUUUUUCUUCUUGCAGCUCAGGGGUUUCACCACAUGUAAACUCUGUCUCCAGGAGUAAUCCUUAUGUCAAUUCAACUCUCAGUGUUCCUGCAAGCCCUCGUAUUGCUAAAAAAAUGCUUUUAGCACCUUCUUCCCCAUAUCUCCCUGAUGAUUUUGACAGACUUGGACUCUCAGAAACAAGUCCCAGUAGUUCUUUCUCCCCAGUGGAUUUUGACAGGUCAUUCUCUGUCCGAAGAAACCUUUCCACCAGUUCCAUGGAACUUGAUGACCCAGAUCUGGAAAGUUACAGACAGACACCAAAUUCUCUGCAAACAUCCAUGCGAGAGCGGAAGAACAGCAUUAGCUCGAUUUCAGGAAGGGAAGACCUCAUGGACUAUCACAGGAGGCAGAGAGAAGAGCGACUUCGGGAGCAGGAAAUGGAACGGCUGGAACGACAGCGGCUCGAGACCAUCCGCAAUCUGUGUGCAGAAUAUUCCAAAUCUGACAGUGAUCCUGCUGCAGCCACUACAGUUGCUGAUGUUCAGAAAAUUAACAAAGAACUCGAAAAACUUCAACUCUCUGAUGAGGAUUCCGUGUUUGAAGACUCACAGAUGAAUCUGGAAAUGAGGUUCAGAAGCCACUUGAAAUCAUCUGCAAGUGACUCUGAUUUCUCGGAGCUGAGCAGCCACAGCCGUGGCACUGCUGCUUACCUGCCCUUGCGGGGGCUGAGGGCUGAGGAGCACUUCAGUGAGAGGACCAAGCCUCCACCUUUCGCUGCUCACAGCUUCCUGAAGGAUGCCACUGAGUCAUCCUACCUAAGCAUCACACCAAAGAUAUCAGAAUGCACCAGUGAAGACCAGAGAAGGCAGGAGCUUGGUCAGCUGGAGGAGGAACGCAUAGUAAUACUGAAUAACUUGGAAGAACUUGAGCAGAAGAUCAAAGAUUUAAAUGACCAGAUGGAUGAAUCCUCAAGAGAGUUGGAUAUGGAAUGUGCCCUUUUGGAUGGGGAACAGAAAUCUGAAACAACAGAGCUGCUGAAAGAAAAGGAAAUAUUGGAUCAUCUAAACAGGAAAAUAGCUGAACUGGAGAGAAAUGUUAUUGGUGAAAAGACAAAGGAAAAAUUAAAACUUGAUGCUGAGAGGGAAAAACUAGAGAGGCUUCAGGAGCUUUACUCCGAGCAGAAGACGCAGCUUGAUAAUUGCCCUGAGUCCAUGAGGGAACAGUUACAGCAGCAGCUGAAGAGGGAUGCUGAUAUUCUGGACAUAGAAAGCAAACACUUUGAAGAUUUAGAAUUUCAGCAGCUUGAACAUGAAAGCAGGUUAGAUGAAGAGAAGGAAAAUCUGACACAACAGCUCCUGCAUGAAGUAGCUGAAUAUCAGCGCAGCAUUGUCAGUAGAAAGGAAAAGGUUUCUGCUCUCAAAAAACAAGCCAAUCAUAUUGUCCAACAAGCACAAAGAGAGCAAGAUCAUUUUGUAAAAGAGAAAAACAACUUAAUAAUGAUGCUGCAAAGGGAAAAAGAAAAUCUCUGUAAUCUGGAAAAGAAAUAUUCCACACUUUCUGGAGAAAAAGGAUUUCCUGUCAGUCCCAAUAGUCUGAAAGAGGGCUAUAUCAGUGUAAGUGAAAUUAGUGAGCUGUAUGGCAAUUCCACGAAUAUAUCCCCUUCCACUCAGACCCCCUCAGAUGUUGAAGCAGUUGCCACUGAGCCUUCCACGGCUGUGCUGACGAGCCAGCCACAAAAUAAAGAGCAUUUCAGAAGCCUGGAGGAGCGCAAGAAGCAGCACAGGGAGGGCACGUACCUGAGCGAUACUCUGCCCCGCAAGAAAACAACCCCAUCCAUGUCUCCCCACUUCAACAGUGCCACGCUGGGACGCAACAUUGCAAACAAAGGACAUUUACCAUUAGUACAGAGCAACAGCUGUGGCAGCGUACUUCCUCACUGCCUGGCAACCAUGACCAAAGAGUCGGAGUCAAGAAGGAUGCAUAAAGGGUAUAACCAUCAGCGCAUCUGUGAAAACCAAAGGCAGAAGUCUCCGGAAUUUUACAGCAGAACAGCAUCAGAAUCCAAUGUGUAUUUAAACAGUUUCCAUUACCCAGAUCGUAGUUACAAGGACCACACCUUUGACACGUUAAGUUUAGACAGCUCUGACAGUAUGGAGACAAGCAUAUCAGCAUGCUCACCAGAUAACAUUUCCAGUGCUAGCACUUCAAAUGUUGCAAGAAUAGAGGAGAUGGAGAGACUUCUCAAACAAGCACAUGCUGAAAAGACUCGGCUGCUUGAGACCAGGGAACGGGAGAUGGAAGCUAAGAAACGAGCUCUGGAAGAAGAAAAACGCCGCAGGGAGCAACUGGAGAAAAGAUUGGAGGAAGAAACAAGCCAGAGGCAAAAAUUAAUUGAAAAAGAAGUCAAAAUACGUGAGAAACAAAGAGCACAGGCCCGUCCCUUGACUCGCUAUUUGCCCAUUAGAAAGGAAGACUUCGACCUACGAAGUCACAUUGAAACAGCUGGGCACAACAUAGAGACCUGUUACCACAUUUCUCUCACUGAGAAAACCUGCCGAGGCUUUCUGAUUAAAAUGGGAGGGAAAAUUAAAACAUGGAAAAAACGGUGGUUUGUUUUUGACAGAAACAAGAGAACUUUUACUUAUUAUGCAGACAAACACGAAACUAAAUUAAAAGGUGUAAUAUAUUUUCAAGCUAUUGAAGAAGUCUAUUAUGAUCAUCUAAAGAAUGCAUAUAAGAGUCCCAACCCGCUGCUGACCUUCAGUGUUAAGACCCACGACCGCAUCUACUACAUGGUUGCUCCUUCUCCAGAAGCCAUGAGGAUAUGGAUGGAUGUCAUUGUUACAGGCGCAGAAGGCUACACCCACUUCAUGUUAUAAUAAAAGAGAGCAAUAGGGCAUUCUGCAAUAACAUAACUAAUGAAGUUAGCCAUAGCAAGUGACAGCUGAAAAGCCAGUGAAUACCCUGAAAUGUCCUCCUUAUGAUGUGCACCCAAAACCCUCAAAUUGAGAGGGGGUUACAAAUGCAUGGAAAAGGGGGGGUUGUGACCUGUUGUAGUUGAUCUUUAUAGGAAUGAACGAGCUAAAGCUGUUGAGAGAAUCAUAGUGCUCCAAAAUGGAUAAUCAGGCAAUUUUAAUUACAGCAUCUUAGUUGAAUGAUAAGUUUCUACAAACUCUCUUAUACAGAGAAUGUCUUCAUAAAUUUAUACGGAACAGUUUACAAGUGUGUGUGUUCUCACUGGUAUGCAAAAAUUCUAGUAGUGAAACAAAAAGGUGUAAUAAGCAUAUAUUUUAAUAUGCAACAUUUGACAUUUAUAGAUGAUUAGGUGACUUUUUAAAACCUUUAGUCAAGUAUUUUAUAGAAAUACAAACAAAAAAGAAGCCCUAAGGUACACACAGUUCUUGCCUUAGUAGUUAAAUGUUACAACAGAGCCAAAGAGUUACAUGAUUCCCUUACAUUUUCAUAUUGUUACUUGUACCUAACUUUCUGUGAAGGGAUAGUGCUAAAACUCUUAAUAACUUUUAAUGUAAUUAAAUUAUUAUAUUCUUUGUGUUCAAACACUUUGUGGCAACAAUUCUAUGUUUAAAGUUCGCAUCUAUGGAGCUCAACAAGAGAAAAACAAAAAACUCCGAGAGGGAUAGCUUUAUAAAGAUGCAUUUUUUUCCACAAGGAUGAGAAAUGGAAACACAUGUAUUAACUUCCUCAUAAAGAAGGAUUUUUUAAAUCCUCCCUGUUGAACAGAAUAAGCUGAUUCUGGACUCUACAGCACUUUUCUUUUAUAUAUAAGGUUCCAGUAUCGUUCUAAUGUUACUCUGUGCCAAGUGAAUGCUCUAUUGAAAUCUCUCAAAUAUUGCCUGCCUUGAAGCCAGCACCAAAAUCUCUACCUGUCUGAAUUCUUUGGAGCCAAGCUUUCAGUCCCAGAGAAUUGUUUUGUUGUUUAAUGUACAUCUGCACAGAAUAAUGCUGUCAAAUAGAAAAAAAGGGGAGAGGUGAGUUCCAAGAGUUUACACUAAGCAGUGUAUGAAUAAAAAACUCUGAAAGUUUGAAGUAGUAGGGAUUGAGAUUCCUAAAACAGCAAAAAUACUGAGGGGGCAGCAGUCUCCCAUUUUAAAGUCACCUCUAAGUCCUUGAGUAAUAUUGCAAAAAGAUAAAGUAUUUAAUUGAAAUUAACUUCAAGAAAGUGUCAUAUUAUAACUUUAAAGAGGUUCUCUGAUUAUAAUUGAAACUUACACACUCUGUGGUUUGUGUACUAGAAGAAAGCACAUUCACCUUUUUUUUCUUUGAUGAAAAAGUUAAUGGCUUUUAAUUGAAUAAAUAAACUGAAACCACAAUAGAAAUAUGCUGGCAGAAUAUUUUUGUUAUACUUUUUAAACCCUGUAGCUGUAAUGAACAGGUUUGUGGUAUGUACAGGUGAUGUGGUUGUUCUAGCAUGACAAACAUCAGUUUCUACUUGAAUCAUAGAAGAGACUGUUGUUGCAAGAUAAUUGUUAUCAUCUGUGCAGAUCACAGCUUGUAAGCUAUAAUUUAAAACACUAUCAAAUAAAUUGCUUUUGUUUAUACAGUAAUUUUUUCCUCAUUUUUUUUUUAUUUUAUUCCCAAGUAUAGUUAUAAAGGUUUUCUAAUACUGAUUUUUGUAUCCUGCAUGAUGCAAUGAAGGCAUUUCAAUAAACAUUUUUAAAAAUA